CGUUGGCUCAAGAGGAGAUCCAGGGCUCGCCUUUCUCAGUCUGGGGCUGCGUGGGACGGCUUCAGGCAGGCGGGGAGCUCGUUUGGAGGCAGGAAUAUCCACGGACACCCGAGAAGAGGCUCUUCCACAUUCCCGCUCCUGCUCUUCAGUGUCUUUGUCUGCUCAUCCUUGUUUUUUAGACUAACAUCAUCCUUUUGGUUUUAGUGUUGGAGGACUUGGCACAGACGGGACACCAUGGCAGCUACGGCUUCUUCUGGCAAUCGCUGGGUCCAGCAGACCCAGUCUCAGGUGGAUGAAGUUGUGGAUAUCAUGAGAGUGAAUGUGGACAAAGUCUUGGAGAGAGACCAGAAGCUGAUGGAGCUUGACGACCGAGCGGAUGCCCUUCAGGCCGGGGCCUCCCAGUUUCAGACCAGCGCCGAAGGUCUGAAGAAGAAGUACCUUUGGAAGAACAGAAAAAUGUGGAUAUGCCUGGGUGUGGUGCUGGUCACCCUCAUCAUCGUCAUCGUCGUGGCGGUGGUCGUCAUGCAUGGCUGAGCUGUUGGGCCAUGGGUGAGGGAGUCCUGAACCCACUGCCUGCACAUUCUCCGCACACCACAUCCAUCUUGCUUAUUAUCCUGAUUGUUUCUGGUUCAACAGGUUUGAGUGUCAGCUGUGGCUUAAUUGAAAUAAAUUGAAAGGAGUUUUUAUGUUUGUUUGAAUUA